UCCAGGUUGUUGGUCUUAAUGUCUCAUCAGCCACUACCCCUGAGCUAUUAUUAAAGAGGUUUGAUCAUUACUGUGAGUACAAGAGGACUCCCAAUGGAGUUGUGAUGGCUCCUUCUCAACUUGGAAAGUGGCUGUUUCUCUUCUGUGACGAGAUUAACCUUCCAGACCUUGACAAAUAUGGUACUCAGAGAGUAAUAUCGUUCUUACGUCAGAUUGUCGAGCACAGUGGAUUUUACAGAACCUCCGAUCACACGUGGGUGACAAUAGAGAGGAUACAGUUUGUAGGAGCAUGUAACCCACCGACUGACCGGGGAAGGAAACCACUGUCUCACAGGUACAGUAUGCUGUAGUGGGCAUUGAAUACUGUAUUAUUUGGGAGGGAUGCAUUUUGUA